CGCUUUUCAUAUUCUUCACUCAGAAUCAGAACUCCACUUCAAGACACUUAUGUGUUGGCCGGCGAAGGUUUUGGAUGCUUAGAUUUCACAAUCUAAUUUCAACUAUAGAUUUAAUAACUGUUAAUGGGAGCCAGUAGAAAGCUUCAAAGUGAGAUCGAUCGAGUUCUAAAAAAAGUUCAAGAAAGUGUCGAUGUUUUCGACAGGAUAUGGAACAAGGUUUACGAUACUGACAAUGCCUAUCAGAGGGAAAGGUUUGAGGCCGACUUGAAGAAGGAGAUUAAGAAACUUCAAAGGUACAGAGACCAGAUUAAGACAUGGAUUCAGUCCAGCGAGAUCAAGGAUAAGAAGGUUAGUGCCUCUUAUGAGCAGGCUCUGAUGGAUGCUCGCAAGCUUAUUGAGCGAGAAAUGGAACGAUUCAGGAUUUGUGAAAAGGAUACAAAGACAAAAGCUUUCUCUAAGGAACGCCUGGGACAGCAGCCUAAAUGGGAUUAUAAGGAGAAAGCCAAGUCAGAGACUAGAGAUUGGUUGAACAAUACGGUGUCUGAGCUGGAAUCUCAAAUCGAUGGAUUUGAAGCUGAGAUGGAGGGGCUAUCUUUAAAGAAAGGAAAAACAUGGCCUCCGAGACUGAGACAUUUAGAGUCAUCAAUUGCUAGGCACAAGGCUCAUAUAUUGAAACUAGAGUUGAUAUUGAGGCUGCUGGAUAAUGAUGAAUUGAGUCCUGAGCUAGUCAAUGAUGUUAAGGACUUCACUGAUGACUAUGUGGAACGAAAUCAGGAGGAUUUUGAUGAGUUUGAGGAUGUUGAUAUGCUAUACGACAUCUUACAGCUGGACAAAGUAGAGGCGCUAGAAGAUUUUGUUAUUAGUGGGACACCUGGCCUCAUUAAGGUUGGUGCAAGCAUGAACAACGUUGAACACAGACUUCAAGCUACAAGUCUGUCUCCGGUAAUUGUUCCACUGACAGAAGAAGGAAAACAAAAGGGUUAUAAGGUCGGUGCAAACACAGACACCAUUGAACAGAGAUUUCAAGCCACAUGUCAAUUGCCAGUAGUUAUUCCACUGAUAGAAGAAAGAAAACAAAUUGAAUCACAACCUUUUAUUCAGGUUGUUGCAAACAUGGACAAAGUUGAACAGAGACUUCAAGCUACAAAUCAGUUGCCAGUAAUUGUUCCACUGACAGAAGAAAAAAAACAAAUCGAAUCACAUCCUUUGAUUCAAGCUGGCACAAGCAUGGACAACACUGAACAAAGACUUCAAGCUACAUGUCAGUUGCCAAUAACUGUUCCACCGGAAGAAGUAAUAAAACAAAACGGUUAUAAGGACUUCGAGCACUUGAAGAUUCCUCUCAGAACAUUAGUUAUGGCAACUAACAACUUCAGCAAAGAAACUAAAGAAAGCUUUCAUUUACCAAGUAGUUGUUUCCCCAGAAUAAGGCAUCAAGUGGAUUUUUUGUUGGAAGUUUCCCCACACCUGAAGCUCCUCCAUGUCUCGAUGCCUACACUUGUAGAGGGUAAAUAUAAUCAGCUUGUUUGGCACAGCCGUAUGGGGGAAAUAUGGCAAAUGAAAGGCCAAAUUGUUAUACCCAUAUUUUAUGAUGUUAAUCCCUCUGAAGUACGAAAACAAAAACGAAAAUAUGGAGAAGCAUUUGCCAACCACGAGUUAGAGAACAAGAAGAAAAUUAAAUCUUGGAGACAAGCAUUUCUAGAUGAUCCUUGGGGAUGGCUCUCUGCACCACGAGAACAAAUAUGGAAAGUCCAAGAAGACUUGGCCAAGCAUGAGCUGGAGAACAAGACCAAGAUUGAUUCUUGGAGAAGAGCACUUGUGUAUGCAAGUAACAUUUCUGGAUGGGAACCCCAACACAUUGCCAACGGGUAA